CAUCACUGUCACGCGCGACCUGCUCUGCCACGGCGCUUUCGGAGUUCAGCGCGGAGGAACAGCACCUCCGGAUCUGCGCCUGCGAACACCCGCCGCUGCCUCCCAGGCGUUGCCGGCCGGCGCAGCUCCAGGCGCCCGGGUACCGGGACCGGCAACGAUGAGCCCCGAGGAGGCGGCGCAGCGGCCGCACGCCGUGCUCAUCCCGCAGCCGGCGCAGGGCCACGUCACGCCGAUGCUGCACCUCGCCAAGGCGCUGCACGCCAGGGGGUUCCACAUCACCUACGUCAACUCCGAGUACAACCACCGGCGCCUGCUCCGGUCCCGCGGCCCGGGGUCCCUCGCCGGCGCCGACGGCUUCCGCUUCGAGGCCGUGCCGGACGGCCUGCCGCCGUCCGAGAACGACGACGUCACGCAGGACAUCGCCGCGCUCUGCCUCUCCACCACCGAGCACAGCGCCGCGCCGUUCAGGGACCUGUUGGCGAGGCUGAACUCCACGCCCGGGAGCCCACCUAUCAUCUGCGUCGUAGCCGACGGCGUGAUGAGCUUCGCGCAGAGGGUCGCCGAGGAGAUGGGGAUCCUGGCCUUGGUCUUCUGGACCACGAGCGCCUGCGGCUUCAUGGGGUACCUUCACUUCGCCGAGCUCAUCAGACGAGCCUACGUGCCACUGAAAGACGAAAGUGACCUGACAAACGGGUACCUGGACACCGCAAUCGACUGGAUCCCCGGCAUGCCAGGCAUCCGUCUGAAGGACAUCCCCAGCUUCAUCAGGACGACGGACCGGGACGACGUGAUGCUCAACUUCGACGGCGGCGAGGCGCAGAACGCGCGCAAGGCCCGCGGGGUCAUCCUCAACACGUACGACGCGCUGGAGCAGGGCGUGGUGGACGCGCUGCGCCGCGAGUUCCCGCGCGUGUACACCGUCGGCCCGCUCGCCGCGUUCGCGAACGCCGCGCGGGGAGGCGAGCUGGACGCGAUCGGCGGGAACCUCUGGAAGGAGGACACCAGCUGCCUCCGGUGGCUGGACACCCAGCCGCCGGGCUCCGUCGUGUACGUCAACUUCGGCAGCAUCACGGUGAUGUCCCCCGCUCAGCUCGCCGAGUUCGCGUGGGGCCUGGCGGGCUGCGGCAGGCCGUUCCUGUGGGUCAUCAGGCCGGACCUCGUCUCCGGCGAGAACGCCAAGCUGCCGGAGGAGUUCGUCACGGACACCAAGGAAAGGGGCGUCCUCGCGAGCUGGUGCCCGCAGGAGCUGGUCCUCUCGCACCCGUCCGUCGGGCUGUUCCUGACGCACUGCGGGUGGAACUCCACGCUGGAGAGCAUAUGCGCCGGCGUGCCGAUGCUCUGCUGGCCCUUCUUCGCCGAGCAGCCGACGAACUGCCGGCACGUGUGCGCCAAGUGGGGGAUCGGGAUGGAGAUCGACAGCGACGUGAGGAGGGAGGGGGUGGCGCGGCUCUUGCGCGAGGCCAUGGACGGCGAGAGCGGCAAGGCGAUGAGGGUGAAGGCGAUUGUGUGGAAGGAGAAAGCUCGAGAAGCGGUGGAGGAAGGUGGAUCCUCGAGGGAAAACAUGGACCGCCUCGUCGAAUUCUUGCUCGCACGGAAUGAUGAUGAUUGUCGGAGUAUUUGUUCAUCGGGUGGCGGAGUUUACCCGUCUAAUUUCAGUGCAGGAUGAGUUUGGGGAGCUAAGAAGGGCUUAAAUCAAGAGACGCACGAAUACGAGAAAUACACAAGGGUUUAGAGUGGUUCGGACCGCCGGAGUCUAAAAUCCUACGUCCACUGUGUGUUGUAUUUCUUAUAGGUCCGUGGAAAGCUUGAGAGAAUUUCCGAGAACCUUAGUGCCUCUGGAACUUCGGAAAACUUGAUUUCUAACGUGCGCACCCUCCGUUUUA